UAUCUUUGAAGAAAUUUGUUUGGUGGAGCUUCCCGGUAAUCAAUCAUGGAGGUCUGGUUCAUCUUCAUCGUCCUCCUCUCUGUUUCUCUCUGCCUCUUGAUCACACUUCUCUUUUCCUUACAUUCCAAGACUUCCCGCCAUCCUCCUCUCCCACCUGGUCCCCUUCGUGUUCCCAUCAUCGGCUCUGUUGUCUGGCUUCGCCGAUCAUUCACCGAACUCCAACCCAUUCUCCGAAGCCUUCACGCCAAGCAUGGUCCCAUCGUCACUCUCCCUAUAGGCUCUCGUCCUUCUGUGUUUAUCUCUGAUAGAUCCCUCGCCCACAAAGCCUUGAUCCAAAACGGCGCCGUCUUCUCCGACCGCCCCAAGUCUCUCGCCACCAGUAAGGUCACCAACAGUAAUCAACGCAGCGUUACCUCUGCCUUCUACGGCCCCACAUGGCGCCUCCUCCGCCGGAAUCUUGCCUCCGAGAUGCUCCACGCCUCUCGGAUCCAAUCCUUCUCGGGCACCAGGAAGUGGGUCUUGCACGCGCUUCUCAACCGCCUCAGGUCUGAUUCAGAAUCAGGAAAGUCCAUCAAGGUCAUUGAUCAUCUUCAAUAUGCUAUGUUCUGCUUACUAGUCUUCAUGUGUUUCGGUGAGAAGCUAGAUGAUAAGCAGAUUAACGAUAUAGAGUAUGUUCAGAGGCGUUAUCUUCUGAAUUUUGACAGAUUCUCCGUGCUUAACUUCUGGCCGAGACUCACCAAGAUAUUGUUGCAUAAGCGUUGGGAAGAAUUGCUGCAAAUUCGGAAGGAACAGGAAGAUGUUCUGGUUCCACUGAUCAGAGCGAGAAAGAAAGCCAAGGAGGAAAACAUUAAUAAACCAGAUGCUGAAGUUAUAGUGCCAUAUGUGGAUACCUUGUUGGAUUUACAGUGGCCUGAGGAGAAGCGCAAGCUUGAUGAAGGUGAGAUAGUGUCUUUGUGUUCUGAGUUUAUAAAUGCAGGAACGGAUACAACAUCCACAGCACUGCAAUGGAUUAUGGCGAAUCUGGUGAAAUACUCACAUGUUCAACAGAGGGUUGUGGAAGAAAUCAGAGAGGUGAUGAGAGAUAGAGAGGAAAAGGAAGUGAAAGAGGAAGACUUGAGUAAAUUGCCAUAUCUGAAAGCUGUGGUCUUGGAAGGCUUAAGGCGUCACCCUCCUGCACAUUUUGUGUUGCCUCAUGCAGUAUCAGAAGAUGUAGUGUUCAACAAUUAUUUGGUGCCUAAAAAUGGGACUGUCAACUUCAUGGUGGCAGAGAUGGGUUGGGACCCUAAUGUGUGGGAGAGUCCUAUGGAGUUCAAGCCGGAGAGAUUCUUGAACAGUGAGAAAAAUGGAGAAGCAUUCGAUAUCACGGGGAAGAAAGAGAUAAAGAUGAUGCCAUUUGGGGUAGGAAGAAGAAUGUGUCCUGGCUAUAAUCUAGCUAUGCUGCUUUUGGAAUAUUUUGUGGCCAAUUUGAUCUGGACUUUUGAAUGGAGAACUUCAAAUGGAGCCGAAGUUGAUCUGACAGAGAAAGAAGAAUUCACUGUAGUGAUGGAAAAUCCAUUACAAGUCUCUGUAUCUCCUAGGGCUUGAGAUCAAUCAAGUUAUGGCUUUCUGUGUUAUAGAGGUGAUUAUAUGGCUGUGUGUGUUAUGGAGGUGAUGAAGUCUGGGAACAUGAUCUCCGUGCUUUUAUUCACAUAGAGACAUCAUUUUGUGGCACAUGUACUAUAAGACUAGGCCCAAGAUAGUGGCUUUUUGGUUUCUUCAGAUUCAGUUUCCAUAUUGAACACUACCUCCGGUCCAAAUUAUAAGAACUUGUAAUUAGUCUUAUAAUUAAAACCGGAAGUAGUAGCAAAUCUGUCUGUGCUUACUUUUAGCGGUGUCGUUUGAAGCCUUAUUUCAGCUAUGGCUUAUUAUCUGUGUAGGAAAAAACAGAGGAUAUACAAUCCCACAUAUAUAAUAUGUGUAUGAGAGAUUAUACAUAUAUAUACUAGUUCAA